AUGGAAGCCCCCGGGCGGGUCCCGGUCGGUGUCGCGAGGAUCUUGACGGACACAGACUGGUCUGAACCAUGGCUCAUAGGGCUGGUCUUCUUCCAUGCAGCAUGCCUAUGUCUCACUUACCUUUCAUUUCACCACUACCGCCUGCAAAUAGGACAUUUUCUCUCCCUCAUGAUCCUGGUGUUCUGUGCCGAGUACAUCAAUGAAGCUGCUGCUGCAAACUGGAGAUUGUUCUCAAAGCACCAGUACUUCGAUUCAAGAGGAAUGUUUAUUUCGAUAAUAUUUUCGGUACCCUUGCUGCUAAAUGCCAUCAUAAUUGUGAUUGCAUGGGUUUAUAAAACGCUGAAUGUAAUGACUGAACUAAAGACCUUGCAGCAGAAAAGGAAAGCAAGAAAAGAAAAUAAGAAAAGUAAAUGAAUCAAUUUUUCUUCAGGAAUUUUCUUCGGAACUGCUAUACUGUUGUCAUUCACAGUGUGGG